AGAGGCGAUGCCUCAUGGACUUGCUGUAUCUGGAACAAAAUUUAACAUUUCCAGUGUGGAAGUAAAGGAUUACGCUUAUAAAUUUUUCUGUCACUUUGUAUAUGGUUCUCAGCAAUUCACAGCCUACAUCAAACUGGAACAGCCAGCUCAGAACAUUCAGGGUUACUUAAUUGGAGGAGGAGCUUCCUUGGUAUUUUUAGUAUUUUUUACUCUUUUUAUUUACAAGAUCUUCAAAAUUGAUAUUGUGCUUUGGUAUCGGGACUCCUGCCAUUCUUUCCUUAGUAAAAAAGUUUCAGAUGGGAAGAUCUACGAUGCUUACGUUCUGUAUCCAAAGAACAGAGAGAGCUGCUUGUAUUCAUCAAGUAUUUUUGCUCUGAAGAUACUGCCAGAGGUAUUGGAAAGACAAUGUGGAUAUAACCUCUUCAUAUUUGGGAGGGAUGAUUUGCCAGGAGAAGCUGUGAUCAGUGUUGCUGAUGAAAAAAUCCGUCAAAGUAGGAGGGUGAUAGUUGUUUUAGUACCAGAGCCCUCCUGUUACAGUGUUAUGGAAGAGGUGUCUGAAAAGCAGCUAGCCAUGUAUAAUGCUCUUAUCCAAGAUGGCAUUAAAGUAAUUCUCAUUGAACUUGAAAAAAUACAAGAUUAUGCGGACAUGCCAGAAGCCAUUAAAUACGUAAAGCAAAAGCAUGGAGCUAUCCGAUGGAAAGGUGACUUCUCGGAAAGGUCUCACUCAGCCAGUACCAGAUUCUGGAAGAAAGUGCGCUACCACAUGCCAUCCAGAAAAAAUGCAUCUUCCUCGGAAUUGCAUUUGUUACCGAAAGACUUCGGUUCUCCCUAA